AUGGCCUUCACACCAAAAGCCUGCAGUCUUUUCCUGGUGGUUUUGCUGGGAGUUUGUAUACAGCUCAACGGAGCUCAACACGUUCCAGGUGCCAGAUGCAAAUGCCCAGGAACCAUUAUGCACACUCAGGAAAUCAUUGAUGACUUUGAAAUCAUUGAAAAGACCCAUUACUGCGACACUACUGAAAUCAUUGUUACACUGGCGGAAGAUGGAGCCAGACGGUGCCUGAACCCCGUUGGAAGAAAGGCCAUGUUUUUCGUCAACUGCUGGAACAGAAUAAACAAGGACGACAAGCAAAAGAAGAGGUGUCUUAAGAGAAAAGCAGAGUGA